AUGGAAUUACAGUGCCAGAAAACGCUCCUUGUAGGCCUAUCGGGCCCUUCAUCAAGCGGUAAAACCACGCUCGCGCGACUGUUGCGGACCGUAUUUACCCCGCCAUCAACAGAGGGUAAUGGAGAUGUAACAGCAACGACAAGGCCGUUUGUUCUCCAUCAAGAUGACUUCUACAGGCCGGAUGACCAGAUCCCUGUGGUCACAACGUCCUCCGGCAAGCUUGUCCAGGACUGGGACACUAUCGAUGCCCUCGAUAUCUCGCAGUUCGAGGCGACGUUAGCAUAUAUCCGCGAUCAUGGCCAUUUACCCGCUGGUAUCAAAAGCAAGGAAGACCUGAACGAUGCCACAGACUCGGGAGUUAGCGGGGAGACCGUGCGCUUGUUCAGAGAACAAGUUGCCCAACGCCUGCGUGAUCUUGCUCUCGAGGAACAACGUAAAAGAAGCACUGCGGGUUCGGACAGGAAAUAUGCUAGGGACACAUCUAGCUUCAUCUCUCUCGCCUUGAUUGAUGGCUUCUUGCUCUACGCACCUCCCCACGACCGCUCCCACCCGCUUCGCAAGAUCAACGACACAAUUGAUAUACCGUUUUUUCUACCAGCUACUUACACUCUUCUCAAGAAAAGACGAGAGAGUCGGACCGGCUAUGUAACCAUUGGCCCCGCACCAACACCAAAGCCAUCAUCUCAGAGACAAGCUGAUAAGCAGCAGCUGGAACAAGAAGAAAACAGAGAUGUCAAUACUUAUACUCCCGUGGAAACUAAUUUCUGGACGGAUCCACCAGGAUAUGUGGAUGAUAUUGUUUGGCCACGGUACAUUAGGGACCAUGCAUGGUUAUUACUUCCUGAAUCUACACAACUGGGUGAGAAUGUGGAGGAUCUGAAGAGAGUCGUUGGUGAAGGGAAGAAUCUGAGGGAUGAUAUGGGUGUCCUCGUUGCACCGGGGAACGGAGAAUGCCUCAUGGAGGAAUUGCUUCGUUGGGCUGUUGAUGAGGUUCUAAAAGGAGUUGAAAACAUGUUUCGAUGA